UGCUCCCUCUUCUUGGGCGUGCGAGAAAGUGAAAGUAAUUGUGGUGACGUAAUUACGGAAUGUAAUUGUCGUACGGAAUCGUACGGAAUAUCUUUACGCGUGCGCGUUUGACGCCCGGCGGAACCGGCCACCGAGGAGGAGGAGCAGAGAGGAAAGGCAGUGAGGAGUGCGGUUUGCUAAUAAAAUCAUCGAUCCCGCCGGCGGUCCAGUGCAGUGCGCUAUCAGCCCCAGCGGACGGAACAUCACCCUGCGCGUGAGUGAGUAAGUGAGUAAGUGCGAAAGGGCAGAAGGGCAAACGGAUUACUCAGCGAUCAACCGAAGCGAUAGUGGUGGGUGAAUUGUGUGAGCUUUCGUGCAAACAAAAACAAAGUCAAAACAAACAAAAAAACGUGAAAAGCACCCGUGUGUGAAAAAGUGUGUACAAUUCCUGGUGUAAUAAUUAUGGUACGCACGCGUCAGACGAUGAUCGUGCCCUCGUUGCUGCUGUUUGUGAUGCACUGUGUGGUGUCGUGCACGAGCAGUGGCAGUCCGCUGCUGGUGCGGGCGGCCCUAGAGCCGAAUACGGCCUGUGCGUCUGCGGAUGAGGUGGACACGGGUGAUGCGCCCCGAGUCUGCAUCGACGACGGCUGCCUGGUGGGGACGCUUCGGGACGGUAUGGGCGGGGAGCAGUUCGAGGCGUUCCUGGGCAUACCGUUCGCACAGCCACCGGUCGGGGAGUUGCGUUUUGCGGACCCGCUCCCCAACGGCCCCUGGUACGAGCAGCUGUACAACGCGUCCUACGAGCGUGACAUGUGUCUCCAGCGGAACGAUCUGCUGCCCAAUCCGCCCGUCACCGGCAGUGAAGACUGUCUCUACCUAAACGUGUACCGGCCAAAGGAAUGUGACGACCGUACCAACCUGCCCGUGAUCGUGUACAUCCACGGCGGUGGUUUCUUCUCCGGCACGGCCAGCUCGCUCAUUGUCGGCCCAGAGUACAUUCUCGACACGAAGCGGGCGAUACUGGUCACCGUGCAGUACCGGCUCGGUGUGCUCGGCUUCCUGUCGACGGGCGAUACGGCCGCACCGGGCAACUUCGGCCUGAAGGAUCAAACGCUCGCCCUGCGCUGGGUGAAGCGCAACAUUCGACGGUUCGGUGGCAACGAGCAGCUGAUCACGAUCGUGGGCCAAAGUGCGGGCGCCACCUCCGUCCACAUGCACAUGAUCAGUCCGCUGAGCCGGGGACUGUUCGAACGGGCGAUCAUGAUGAGCGGCAACUCCCUGGUGCCGUGGAACAUACCGACCAAGGAUCCGCUGGCACUCGCCCGCUCGACCGCCAUGGUGGUGGACGUGAUGGGUGCGGACCGGCUGUCGGGCAAACAGCUCGUCGCAGCACUGCGGGACAUCCCCGGCGAGAAGCUCGUCGGUAACGUUCACAAGCUAAAGCUCUGGUCCGUUGAUCCACUGACACUGUUCCGCCCGGUGGUGGAACCGAAGGAUUCCCCCAAUCCCUUCCUGACCGAGGAGCCGAAGGUGAGCUGGCGCAACGGCAACUACCAGCAGGUCCCUUACCUGGCCGGUUUCGUGCCAAACGAGGGUGCUAUCCGGGCGCUCAGUAUCUUCAAGGACGCGACACUGUUUGGCGAGCUGCAGCGUAACUUUAGCACCAUUCUGCCGAUCCUGCUCGAGCAGCCGCCCUCGAAAGCGUUGACCGAGAAGAUGCGAACGCGUUUCCUGAACGACACCACAGACGACGAACCCGUUCGGCAGGAUAACUUGCAAGGAUUUGUGGAUCUCUACAGUGAGGCCGCGUUCAUCUAUCCAGUGCAGCUGGGCGUUAGGCAGUACAUCACGGCGGCCGACACCGACCGUGCACCGGCCAGCGUGUACAAGCUGUCGUACAAGGGCCGCUACUCGUACUCCGCCAUCUAUGCCGGCGGUGAUACGAGCGACUACGGUGUGGUGCACUGUGACGACCUGAACUAUCUGUUCCGCCAGCCGGCCAUCUUCCCGGACUAUCCGGCCGGUGCGCCCGAGCUCAAGAUGGUGGACACGUUCGUGAACUUCUUCAUCGAUUUCGCAAUCAAUGGUCGUGCGACACCGCUGGCACCGGUGCGGGAGUGUAGGAACGAGAACCAAGUCUACCAAUCGCUCGACUGUGAUGUGCAGGAGUUCGUUCGCGUCGGCGAUGAUGUGCAGGUGAAGGUGCUGAGCGCUCGCAACGAGGAAAUGUUUGCGUUCUGGAAGGAUUUCUACUGAAACCGCGCGACUUCGGACACAGCUUUAAAUGUGAUACUUAAUCGUCCAUUCCAAGGAUUGUUGUGCAAAGGGUGUGGGUGACCAGGGCUCGAUAAGGGGGGAUGCAGUACAAGUUGCAAAUGUAAGAUAAUUAAUCAAUUCCAUCAAACCUUUCCUUCGUUUCGUUCGUUAGCAAUGUUCGCUAGCGAUCGCUCAUGAUCGCUCAUGGGAGCCAUUUUUCAUCAUCGUAAGCGUUUAGUUUGUAGGGUUUGGUUUUAGGCUUUUGUUUUGUUAAGGUAGUGCCGGAAUGUGUUGCAAUGGUAUACAAUUAAAAAAAAAACACCAAAAUUGUUUGUAGAAUAAAACUGGGGGCUAUGUAAGAUAGGUCA